GUAAGAUGAGGGAAAGAAUGCAAAUGAAUAUUAGAGAUUAAAUAUAAAAUUAAGAAAUGGGUACAUUUUUAAAGAAUUACUCCCAUAGGAAAUAGUAGAAGAUGGAAUCAAAAGUACAGAUGAAAAAAACAGUAUCUUCAAUGACAGGGAGGGCCCUGGUUCUGAGAAGAGGUUGAAAAAGGCAAAAAAUACCAUUUCAAAAUACAAAAUUUUAGUUGGAAGGUAAGUUUAAAUUUUAAAAUAAAAGAUCGGAAGAUUGAUAUAGCAGAGUGAAAAUGGAUAGCAAGAUUGAAUCUUUGCAGCUUAAAUAUUAGAAAAAAAGGCAUAGGGGUUAGAAAACCUUCAUUUUCUAUGAACUCUUGGAUAAAGGGGGCAAUAAUUUGUUACAGAUUCCCAACCUCCUCUCGAGCAUCCUGAUUUAUAAAGGGAAGUCCAUCAGGUUUUAUUUAGCCAUUUUCCCCAGGAUUUUCCUCUGAGGCUUUUGCAGUUUUUUGCCUAGACAAAGUAAUUGAGAGUAUGGACUCUGUAGACAAAUUGCCCUUGAAAUAAAUUUUAUACCUAACUGGAUAAACAAAAAAAUAGAAUAAUUAUGAGAUAUAAAAUAUGGAUCUUUUUAUUACACCAUGUUUUUCUGAGCAAUAUAUACCAGUAAUAUUGUUUUAAAAUAUACUCACUUUGGCUUCCAAUAUGUUGCUUUUUUAUUUUCACAGCUGAUAUUAAUAGGGAGAUGAUAAAUGAUAACUACUUUGGUGGAUUUAUACUCCUUGGAUUUCCAGGGCAGCCUCAACUGGAGAUGAUCAUCUCUGGGGUUGUCUUUUUCUUCUACACUAUUGCCUUGAUGGGAAAUAUCGCCAUCAUUGCGCUGCCAUUACUAGAUGAACGUCUCCAAACUCCCAUGUACUUCUUCCUUAGAAGUUUGGCCAUUUUGGAUCUCUGUUAUACCACAAAUAUAGUCCCACAAAUGUUGGUCAAUGUUUGGGGUAAAGACAAAAAAAUCUCCUUUGGUGGCUGUGCCUUUCAACUUUUCAUCGAUGUGACAUUAUGCACAGUUGAAUGCAUGCUUCUGGCUGUGAUGUCUUAUGACCGAUUCAAUGCUGUCUGCAAGCCUCUACACUAUAUGACCAUAAUGAAACCCCAACUCUGUGGAGGCCUGGUGGCCAUGACCUGGGUAAUUGGUAUCAUUAAUUGCAUGAUACUGUCUCCCUAUGCUAUGAGUCUUCCUCGAUGUGGGAACCACCACCUGGAUCACUAUUUUUGUGAAAUAUCUGCAAUGGUCAAAAUUGCAUGUGUGGACACAACAGCCAUGGAAGAAACCUUAUUUGCAUUGUGUUUUUUUAUUUUCCUCACACCACUUCUUCUUGUUCUGGUUUCAUAUGGCUUCAUUGCUGUAGCUGUGCUCAAGAUCAAGUCUGCGACAGGAAGGCAAAAAGCAUUUGGGACCUGUUCCUCUCACCUCAUUGUGGUAUCAAUCUUCUAUGGGACUGUUAUCUACAUGUACAUCCAGCCAGGAAACAGUCCUUCUCAGGAUGAAGGUAAACUUCUCAGUAUCUUUUAUUCCAUUGUUACUCCCAGCUUGAACCCACUAAUCUAUACACUAAGGAAUAAGGAGUUUAAGGGGGCCACGAAGAGGCUCAUUGGAAAAGAAAAAGAUUCUGGAGAAACAAUAGGACACUAACAUCUUUUCACAAGGCAUUUCCAAUAAAGAAAUUGGCCUCAUAUGACCUUUAAAUCAUUGUCAACUUAUUUUAGUAGCAGUCAUCACCUGAAAAUAAAAAUAAUGCCUAAAAAUUUUCCUUAUAUUUUAGUGUCAGUGUCCCAUAUUGCCGAGGGUUGAUUCGAAACUAAAAAUGUCUUUCACUGCCAGCUCCAGGCAGGACCCUCUGCAGCCCAGAAAAGCUGCAACAAGCCUGGCCAAGUCAGGAAAAGAUCUCAGACGGUUUUUCAGAGUCGGGCUGCCCCAGGGAGGAGCCUUU